AUUAUUUCCGGCAAUGUUUGUUUACAAUCAUGUGUGGAUAAAGUUUUGUUCCAGCUAAGUAUUAGCCCUAGGUGAGACUAUGUUCAAUUUAUCUUCAGUGGUGAUCUGCAUGUCAGGAUUAUUGCAUUGUCCAGGACUUUGACACCAGGAAAAAACUGAGAGUGCUCAUCUACGGUGGGUAGAAACUUGGUCAGUUAUCCACCCAUGUGGCAAAUGGACUUUGACAGCUGUCUUGGAUACAGACAAGUACCACUGCGGCCAAGCUGAAAGAACUGGAGCUGGUUGUCUCAUUUCUAAUAAAGGAAACCGAAGGAAUUUAUAUACUGAACAAAAUCUAAAUAAGAACAGUCUUUAACAAAAAGUCCUGAAUGGACUCAUGGAUGCCACCACGACAGCCCCAGGACCAAGGGAGGUGUGCAGCCUGGUUUGAAGGAUAUGAAAGGAGCCCAUGGAGGGAAGUCUACCAUGGUCCUCCUCCCCCACAUUUCAGGCAUGAAGGAUACCAUCCUGAUUUCCAAGUAGGACCUCCGCCUUGGCAAGAUACUCAGCACCACCAUCCCAUCCAUUAUCCAAGGCUCCAGAACUAUAUGAGACCAAACUCCAGGGCAGAGUAUUAUAAAAGUAGCUAUCCAGACUGGUCUUACACAAGGCAAGAAUAUGAAGAGCUGCACCAUGGCUUCAUGGAGGACCCUGAAGCGUACCAAAGAUUCACCCAAGUACAUCCAAGCAAAAAAGAUCCAAGAUGGAGAGAUAACUGGAGUGAAAAUGCAAAUUCCUGGCAACAGAAUUACUAUACAGAUUGCCAGCCUAGGAGUGGUAACGACUCUCUGGGGUAUUGUGAUGUUGGAUUAACCCAAUCUAAGAAGCAGGAUUCCUACGAAGAUAGCUAUGCUUCAAAGAAAGAUGCUUCCUAUGAUAUCAGCUACCAUUCUCCUUUGUUGCAAGAACACAGUUGGGAUAAUUUCCAAGAGAACUCUUUGAAGAAUGCCACUGUUCCAGCCCAUGAGCUUUCAUUGCCUGAGGGGCUAACCCCCCUCCAACAGUACAAGGAAUCUGGUCUCAGUUCCAGCAGUUAUGAGCUUAGUCAAUAUAUGGAAAAUUCUUCCAAUCGCUGUGAAGCAGCUCCCUCCAAGGAUUGGAGCCCUGUUCAGUUAGCUGAAAACUUCCAAGCUAUGUCUAGUCAUGUGACCUCUCCCAAAUUUACCCUCCCUCAUGUACCUCUGUGUUUUGGAGCUGGAGGGCAGCUGGUCCGAGGAUGUCCAAAUGAUCCAGCAGAUGGACAACCUGCUCUUAUUGAAAUACAUAGCCUUGAGAUUAUUCUACAUGACACUGCUGAGCAGGAAGCAAUGAGAAACUUUCCAGGACCUCUAAUCAGAGAAGAUCUGCACAAGGUGGAUGUGAUGACAUUCUGUCAACGCAAAGCAGCCACUGGCUGUGACCUGGCAACUAAGCAGGGCCGAGAUUCUGCCUUGCUUUGGAAGCUCCUCCUCCUCCUUUGCCGACAAAAUGGAUCCAUGGUGGGAUCAGAUACAGCUGAGUUGCUGAUGCAAGAUCGCAAAUAUCAGGAAAAGUACAAAAGAGAAGAGCCACGGGCGAACCUGAUUAACCUGACAGGAGAAGAAUGGCCAGUGCCUGGAUGUGGAACCAUGGACCUUCUCACAGGGGAGAUGGUCCCAACGGCUGGCACACUAGAGCAAAAAAUAGAGAAGUUCACCAAACUCCUUUUUUAUGGCAGAAAGAAAGAAGCCCUGGACUGGGCUAUGAGGAACCAGCUGUGGGGCCAUGCACUCUUUCUAUCAAGCAAGAUGAACCCAAGGAUUUACAGCUGGGUCCUGACUGGGUUCACAAACACACUGGCUUCCAAUGAUCCUCUGCAGACCCUUUUCCAGCUGAUGUCUGGAAGGAUACCCCAGGCAUCUUUGUCCUGUGGAGAUGAGAAGUGGGGAGACUGGAGGCCACACCUGGCUGUUAUGCUGUCUAAUCAAGUAGGAGACCUGGACCUGAAUUCCAGAGCUAUCCUCACUAUGGGAGACACAUUGGCUGGGAAAGAGUUAAUAGAAGCUGCUCACUUCUGCUACCUGAUGGCAAAUGUCCCUUUCGGCCACUAUCCAGUUAAAACAGAUUAUAUGGUGUUGCUGGGAAGUAGUCAGAGCCAGGCCUUUUCCCAAUUUGCAAGGACAGAAUGUAUUCACAGAAUGGAAAUCCUUGAGUAUUGUCGGUUACUGGGGUGUCCCCAAGCGUUCAUCCUUCCUUUCCAGGUAUAUAAGCUGAUUUAUGCAUCUCGCCUGGUGGACUAUGGUCUCGCUGCUCAGGCCUUACAUUAUUGUGAAGGGGUUGGAAUGGCACUUCUUGCCCAGAAUCAGAAUGUUUAUCCUGUCCUCUUAGAGCAGGUUAUCAAGCUGGCAGACCGAUUGAAGUUCUCUGACCCACGGCUCCUGGAGAAGGCAGAGUAUGAGAUGGAUUUGGAACCAGAUUGGCUCAUUGAACUCAGAGCCCGUUAUCAACAGUGGGAGGAUCAAAGAGGGUUUCCCAACACCACAUCCACCCAGCCAGAGGUUUUCAGAGGCAAUGGAUCAAUAUCAGGUUUGGCUCCUCAUUUUGAGUUUGCACAAGCUGAGGUAUGCUGGGACAAUCUAGAGCAUCAUCCUUGUAGACACCCGUCACCUGUUAAUUCAACUGGGCACCAACCAGAUAUGGAUCAACAGCUGCAUAUCUAUUCUGGACAUGGGCAUCCUUCAAAGAGGACAGUUCCUAGUUUAGAGGCUUGUUCAGCAGAAAAUGAUCAAAAUUCCACUUUGUCUCCAGGAGGUCUUUCAAAUGAUCCUUCCUCACAUCCGAAACAACCAUCAGGGGAGACCGUGGAAUCUUGUGGGCUGGACCAUUUUCCUGGUGAUCCAAAGAAAUACAUUCCAGAACAUCAGGCCGUUUUCAAUGCACGGACCCGAACUGUCUCUGAGAGUUCCACAAUAACCCUUUCAGAAGAUCCACCUCAGUCCACAGAAGCCUCCCAGGAUGAAACCACAUCGGAGAAGAAAUUGGUGGAGAAUACAGAGCAAGAGGUAGUGAAGACUUCUGGUUUUGGCUGGUUCCGUUGGUUCCGUUCCAAGGCAAAUAAAGAUGAAGAACCAUCUGAAAAAAAUCCAGUUGCUUCAGUUUCUCAGGACAAAAUCACUCAGCCCCUUUUGGCUUCACCCAUGAAUGAGGCAAAGUCUAUGAAUGAGACAAAAUCUACCACAUGUCAUUGCCCUCCUCCCCUUUCUCCCACAGAAGGCAAUCCUUUUCCCAAGAGAUCUCCAGAAGCUCAAACUUCACAAGACCAUAGCAGAAUGGAAGCCAUUAUUGUUUCAGAUGCUGGUGAUCAGACUAGUUCCUUCAGACAUCAGUACAACCCUGAUAGUGUGCUUCUACCCCCCACAGAAGGGACAGUUCCUAUGUUCAAUCCUGCUCAGGUCAUUACACUAGCAGCCUCCAGCACUGGGCAUCUGCAACAGAAUUUUCAGCGAUACCCACAUCAUCUGCAGUACAAAUAAAUAAUCCAGGAUACUUCUGUGACAGUCCCUCUGAUCAGAAGCCAUUUCUUUACCCAAAGAUGGCAAUUCUAUGACCUCUUUGCUACCCUUCCUGUUUACUGGCAUUUGAGUUUGUUAUUGAAAAGAUAACAGCACAAAUAUGAACUAAUGAAUAAGUUCAUUUCAUUUUUAAUUGCUUGGUAAAAAGACAGUUUUACAGCAGGUGGUAUAGAGAUGGACAUAAAAUAAAAUCCCUCCCCCCCUAUUUUCUGUAUUCCAUUCUAAGAAGGGAACUAUUAAUAGUCUACAUUGCCACUUAAUACAGGUAUUCAUAAUCUAUUGCUCAGGUGGCUUGAAAUUGUAAUCCAAACAUAUCUGGAGGGUACUGACUGGGAAAGAACAACAAAAGUAUUUUUUAAAUAAAUGUACAUAGGAUAUCUUGUAUAUUUGCUUGAGAAUAAAUCUCAGCUGAGAUCUAUGUAAUUUUGGGGCAAAUUAAAUUAUGCUGCUUUGUACUGAAGAAGAACAUAUACUUAAACAUAGCUACUUGGGAAUAAAUCUCAUUUUUAAAAUUUAUAUGUUAUUUGUUAAGAAGUUGUAUAACAUACUCAGGGUUUGGUUCCAGCCCCAUAUUGUAUGAAAACUUAUACACACACUCAAAAUCAUUUUAUGCAGUGCAGAAUCUUGUAAUAUUUUACAUAUCAUCCCAGUAAUAAAACCAAAAAUUGUAGACCAAUUAAUGUUCUUGUUAAUAAAAAAUGUUGGCACUUAAAUGAUCAAAGCAAAAUGGCUUUCUUUUGCAAUACAUGUUUUCUGGAUAAAGUUAUGUUUGUUAGCAUACUGUUGUACUCUUCAUUUCUUCAGUUUUGAAUCACCGAAGAUUUUUGUAUCAAUAUAGGAAAAAGUUUUCCACUGUUGUAGUCCUCAAUUUGUGACCUUGUGAACUAGAUCGUAAGUGGCACUUUUGAUUAUUUGAAUUUGAGAACCUUGUCCCAGAGUGUAUCUCUUCCCCUGACCCCUUUGGAAAUUAUCUGAUGGAAAUACAUUGCUGGGAAGCAUAGAUAGGCUGCAUUGUCUUGAGAAAGCUCUGGUCAGCAGUAAUCCUACCUGGAAUACUUUUUCUGGUAGACCUUUUGUUAAAUGCUUGUAAGUUAAUCUGUAAAAUCAUAAUCAUAUUUUUUCUUCUUACUUUGAUUUAGGGACUAUGCUGCACUGCUGAAUUGUCUUUUAACCCUAUACAGCACUGACAUUUGCUUGAUACAAAUUGGUUGUGGUACAUUUAAAUACUGUGCAAGGUAUUCUUUGUCAAUUGUCGUUCAAGAACACAAGUGAAUGAACAAUUGUGAGUUUUAGUUGCCAUCAAAACCACAAGACUCCCAGCAAUAACAUAGGAAGUUUUGUAUAAAACCAGUAAAAAUGCAUACCUACCUAUGUCAACUAUUUGACAUUACUGCAGGUUCCCUAACUUAAAGCUGCCACUGACUUUCCAACUUAGACCUUAAAGUACAUGAUAUGAAAUCCUGUGUGGCAAACAGGACAAAAUUGAAUGGCUUAUGUGCAAAAUGAUAUUAAGGUCAGAGAAGUUCUGUUGUAGUUCUUUGUAGCCAAAUUUGGCACCAUCUCAUCUGGGAAAUGAGAUUUUUCCCCAGCAACUUUGCUCAUAUACAUUUCAAUGUAUUUCAAUGUCUUCUAUCAAUGUGUUGCUAUCUCCUGCUCCUUACUUUGAAGAGCUGUGUAAAUUUGUGGUGUUCUGGAUAUUCUGGAGUAUGAAAUGCAUAAAUAUGCCAAAGGAUAUUUUCUAUAUAGAAAAUAGUAGUUUAGUCUACAGAAUUCACCACUGAGACUGCUGGGAUCUGCUCAUGUUCUGAAGGCUUUGGGAAGCUCUGGGAAUGCUGUUCAUGUAGUCAACAAAUUUAUCUCCAGAGGAUGUGUUUAUAUAUAUUUACAGUACAUCUAAGCUUUCCCUGCCCAACCCCAAAAGAUUCUGAGCAGGAUAUGGCAUCAACCAAAAACAUAAUCAAUAGCAAAUCCAAAUUAAUGUAAAACAGCCGAAACAAUAACUACAAAAGCAAAGCAAAAAUAAAACCCAGGGUAAGUGCCCAUGAUAAAUGAGCUGGGAUCAAACCCAUGUUGGAACAACUUGUUUACCAAAUUGCAGCAAGAAGAGGCUGCCCAUAGUUCUCAGGAAAAAAAAUACCAUAAAGUGGGGGCUGUUACGGAAAAGGCAGGCCAUCUCAGUCAUGCGCCAUGAACCUCAGUCAGGGGUGUGAAUUUCAGUAGACUCUUUCCUGAUGAUCUGCCCAGAGCAGAUUUAAUUCUGGCAAGGAAUUGUCUGAUUUAUCUCACUGCUGUGCAAUUCAUAGUGUUAAAAAGCAAUGUCCGCAGACUCAGAAACCAAUGCAGCAACUUUGGGUGCAAUUUUAUAUUUUAUUAGCUGAAACUUCUGAGCGAGCUCCGAAGACCCCUUGUAGAGUGGGUUUCAGGAGUUCAACUAAUGGUGAUCCAGGCAUGAGUUACUAAGAUCAAGCAUCCUAACUUUCACUGGCUAUUUAAGCAGAUUACAAGUCAGGAUGAACCCCAAGUCAUGAACCCCCUGACUGCCUCUGGAAUCAUUGUAAAAUUAUUGCCAAUGUUUCCAUGUUAGCAUGCUCUCUUUUUAGGCCUGGUUAAAGAUGGAAUCACUAUUAUACAGAAGAAAAAAAGAAUCUAGUUUAUUUGUCUGCUUGAUAUUAAUUUGUCUGACUAAUAAA